CAAAUAUUUACCUUCAACUUAAAUUAAAUUGACCAGUGAACCUCUUCCUUCGUAAGUCGACCUUUGUCACCUCAUCUUUGUUUUGUUAGAUACAGAGUACAGAGAUCCAAGUAGCAGAAAUUUAGUACUGCGGAUUGAAGUCGUCGAGGUUGCUAAUUAACGGAAAAUGAGCUGACGAAUUCUGGGAGCAGGAGGACAAAAAGCAGAACUGAAAAAAAAACGAUGGCAGCGGACAGACAAUCUUCCACCAUCGCUGCAUCUCCCGAAGAAAACAACCUGUUCCUUGACAUUCUGCAUGAGGCUCCUUUAUUUGGUCACCGGAAGCCUACUAGCAUUUUGGGGAGUAUAUUCUACUGUAUUUUGCUGGCAGGUUAUGCUAUUUUUGCUGCUGGAGCUACAUGGUUUUUUCACCCUCAACCGGAACUGAUUUCACCUUUGCUCUGUAGUUCUGAUGUCAUUCUUUUGGUAAUCACAGGUUUAUUUCAGCAAUACCUUGUCUAUCAAGUGCAGAAAAUACGGUUACAGGGUUACUACGUUUUCAGCCAAAAGUUGAAGCACAUUAUUCGCCUACCUUUUGCUGUUAUAGCAUAUGGAACUGCAGCUAUGCUGCUUAUCCAUGUCUGGGAAAUUUAUAUACGCUUUCUGUCCAUAUCAACAAUACUUAGGAUUAUUAUGCUAGCUGAGAUAAUUUGUGCUGCGUUCUUCAUGAGUGUCUAUAUUGGUUAUGUACACCAGUACAAUGCAUUGGAUUCUCAACCUGAUGUUUUGAAAUCAUUAUAUUCUCCACUUCAACCAUCCAGCUCUCUGGAAGAGUUAAGGUAUCACGAGGGUGGUAGGCUCUCUGAUCAACAAAUGGCAUUGCUGCAAUAUCAGCGAGAAAAUAUCCAUUUUCUAAGUGAGGAGAUUCUCAGAUUACAAGAAUGCUUGAGCAAAUAUCGAAGGUCUGAUGAUGGGAGCACACCUCAGGUUGAUCUUGCUCAUCUAUUAGCAGCUCGUGACCAGGAACUGCGCACAGUGUCAGCUGAGAUGAAUCAACUUCAAUCUGAGCUUAGUCUUGCUAGAUCUCUCAUUUCUGAGAGAGACUCUGAAAUCCAGCGCGUCCAGAGUACAAAUAAUCAGUAUAUCGAGGAGAAUGAAAGGCUGAGGGCCAUUUUGGGUGAAUGGAGUACCCGAGCUGCUAAGCUUGAGCGUGCAUUGGAGGUUGAGCGAUUGUCAAAUUUGGAGUUGCAAAAGAAGUUGGCAACAAUGAAAAGCCAAACAUCGAGGGAAUUAACUGGACCGAGUUAACAACUGGCUUGUCAAUUAGGGUAUAUCUGAAACAAAUUCAUUCAUUGAUUCUCUAUGUUGUAUACGAUCGUUUUCUUUUUUCAGCUAGUCUAUGAUGACUGAAUGUCGAUAAAAAAAAAAAAAAAAAAAAA